UUGGAUACUGAACGUUUGGUCAGAUAGGAACCCCGAAAACCCUCGAACGUCAGUCGAGUUCUAUACCUACCGAAUUAAAGGGUCAAUCACCUAGCUUUUGAUACCUUCUUCUUUAAGUAGCAAACAUGAAGAUUGCUAUCAUUGGACAAAGCAUGUUUGCAGGUGAGGUGUACAAGUUACUGAAGCAAAAUGGGCAUGAAAUCGUUGCUGUCUUUACAAUUCCUGACAAGGGGAAUAGGGAGGAUCCUGCGGCUACCAUUGCUAAAGAAGAUGGGGUGAAGGUUUUCAAGUUUCCUCGCUGGCGACAGAAAGGUCAGGCCAUACCAGAAGUUGUCGAACAGUACAAGUCGGUAGAUGCUGAAUUAAAUGUCCUACCAUUCUGUUCACAGUUUAUUCCAAUGGAAGUAAUUAAUCAUCCAAAGUAUCAAUCAAUAAUUUAUCAUCCUUCCCUUCUUCCUCGCCACAGAGGUGUAUCAUCCAUUAACUGGACACUUAUCCAAGGAGACAAAAAAGCAGGGCUUUCUGUAUUCUGGGCAGAUGAUGGUUUGGAUACAGGGCCUUUACUGUUACAGCGAGAGUGUGAGGUUCUCCCUGACGAUACUGUGGAUAGUUUAUACAACAGAUUCAUGUACCCUGAGGGAAUUAAAGCCAUGGCAGAAGCUGUUGACAUGAUAGCCAAUGGAACAGCACCCAAAGAAACGCAGCCAGAGGAAGGUGCCACCUAUGAUCCUUCUCUAAGCAAGAAAGAACUAUGCCAGAUACACUUUGAUCAGUUAACCGGUGAACAGUUGCAUAACUUCAUUCGAGGAAUGGACAAAAUCCCAGGAGCGUGGACUUACAUUGAUGGAACCUUUGUAAGGUUGUAUGGGUCACGGAUGUGGACAGAACCAGUACCAAGUGGUAAACGGGUAUCGAUAGAAGGAAUGAGCCAACCUGCUAUUGUUCAUCAAGAUGGCCUUCUUUUAUAUGGAAACGAUCAGAAAUUGGUUAACGUUCAGACACUUGCAACUGAAGAUGGAAGGAUGUUUAAAGCUUCUAAGUAUGGAGAGACUGAUGAUUCCAAAGAAGAUAUUGAACUUACCGAAGAAGAAAAAACACUUGCGGAGACUCUCCAGACAAUAUGGGCUGGCAUCCUCAACAUUGGAGUUUCCGAGGAGACUGACUUUUUCAAAAGUGGAGCCGGGUCAAUGGACGUGGCAAGAUUAGUAGAAGAAGUGAAAGAAAAAUGUAAAGUAGAACUUGACAACGAAGAUGUUUACAUGGCGACAGUAUUUGGAGAAUUUGUAAAAACAGUUGUUCUGAAACAAAGAGGAGAAUCGUCUGGUCCUACACUUGUUUAUGAUGAGGUCAAGAUUUCUGCAAACAAUAUGACACUGACCAUUCCUCACCAAUUAUUCAUCAACAAUCAAUUUGUGGACUGUACUAGUGGCAAAAAACUUCGAUCUAUCAACCCUACAACUGAAGAGAUGAUAUGUGAAGUAGAGAGUGCAUCAGUUGACGAUGUAGACAGAGCUGUCAAGUGUGCAAAGGCUGCAUUUGAAGAUGGAGAAUGGGCCAGAAUGAAUUCAAGAGACAGGGGACGUCUUAUGUUUAAACUUGCAGACCUUAUGGAAGAACACAAGGAGGAACUUGCGACAAUAGAAACUCUUGAUUCUGGUGCUGUAUAUACUCUUGCUAUCAAGACACAUGUAGGAAUGUCCAUUGAUACCUGGAGGUAUUUUGCAGGCUGGUGUGACAAAAUCCAUGGGUCCACCAUUCCCAUCAACCAUGCGAGGCCUAAUCGAAACCUCACAUUCACUAAAAAGGAGCCAAUUGGUGUCUGUGGAAUUGUUACACCUUGGAACUACCCUUUAAUGAUGGUAUCAUGGAAGAUGGCUGCUUGUAUUGCUGCUGGUAACACAGUGGUUCUAAAACCUGCCCAGGUGUCACCACUGACUGCUCUCAAACUUGCUGAACUAAUAGUUCGUGCUGGUUUCCCUCCUGGAGUGAUUAACAUACUACCUGGAGCAGGAAGUUUAUGUGGACAGGCUAUUGCAGACCACCCACUUGUUAGAAAGUUAGGUUUUACUGGUUCAACACCGAUCGGUAUGCAAAUCAUGAAAAGCUGUGCCGUGUCAAACUUGAAGAAAGUUUCACUAGAACUAGGCGGAAAAUCACCUCUGAUCAUCUUUAGUGAUUGUGACUUGGAUCGUGCUGUGAGGCAGGGGAUGGGUGGAGUGUUUUUUAACAAGGGAGAGAACUGCAUUGCUGCUGGUCGGUUGUUUCUUGAAGAAUCCAUUCAUGAUGAAUUUGUGAAAAGAGUGGUUGAAGAAGUUAAGAAAAUUAAAAUAGGAGAUCCACUGGAUCGAUCCACAUCGCAUGGCCCCCAGAAUCACAAAGCUCAUCUUGACAAGUUGAUUGAAUACUGUGAGAUUGGAGUUAAAGAAGGAGCUACACUGGUGUACGGAGGGAAACGUCUUCAACGUUCAGGCUUUUUCUUUGAACCAACAAUAUUUACAAAUGUAGAAGACCACAUGUACAUAGCCAAAGAGGAGUCCUUUGGUCCAAUCAUGAUAAUUAGCAGAUUUAAAAAUGGGGAUGUUGAUGGAGUUCUGAAACGGGCAAAUGGUACAGAGUUCGGACUGGCAUCAGGGGUUUUCACACGAGACAUAAGUAAAGCACUGUAUGUCAGCGAGCGUAUCGAGGCUGGAACCUGCUUUGUCAAUUGCUAUAAUAAAACUGACGUUGCUGCACCAUUUGGAGGCUUUAAACAGUCGGGAUUUGGGAAGGACUUAGGAGAAGAAGCUUUGAAUGAGUAUCUUAAGACCAAAUGUAUAACGAUUGAAUAUUAAAUCUUGGACUUUAGCUAUAAUUGAUUUGCAACACUUGAAAAAUAUGAAAAGAGGUCAGAUAAACCUUCCAGGAAGGACACGUCCGAAAACUUUUUCAGUAUGGAUCCAGUGGUCUAAACUCCUUUCUCAUCUUGGAUUUGAAAAAAAAAGUUUCUUUGUUUUUAAGUUUGUUUUUUUUAUAAAUAACAGACAUUGAAACAUUCAUGAUGGCAAACUAAUAGGGGCAGAAACUUGGGUUUUAAAGGAUUUUGAGCUUUUACCGUACAGUCUGUUACUUUCACGGUUUUAACCAGCCAAUGAUUUUUAUGCUCAGUUACAUUUUACUGUUCGUCAAAGAUGUUUUAAUUUUUUGUUUAACCAUACUUCAGUCUAUAGAGUUGCACGUGGUAUCCUAAUGAUCAUCUUAAUCAUAAAAAUUUUGUUGAUCUAAACGUAAGAGUUCAAAACACUGGAGUUCAUGUUAGCAAAAAAAAAAGAAAAUUAAGAUAGCUGAUAUCUUUAAAUUUAUCAAAACUAAUGUUCUGUAGAAUAACAACCUAAAAAUUGGACGUUAUACUGAAAUUAGAAGCUUGGGUUAGUGUAAAAGUAACUUUAUAUAGCUGAGCUUAGAGUAAUUAUACCCUUACACUGUCACUCCUCCGUUAGUUAAACAAAAAUGUUCUUUGUUGAAACUUAGAAGUGUUAUAACUUCAGAUCUGUAGCGAAUAGAAACAACUACCAUAAAUUUGCUAAAAAUAUGAGCAAGUUUCUGAAUAAGCCUUUAUUUUUGUUUUUUGAAUACAUCAGUGGAUAGAACAAGAAUGUUUUACACUCUUCAAAUAUUAUAAGAUUGAACUACCCAAACUUCAGUACAUAUAAACUAACCCCAGAUUAGUGCCUCGAGUGAAAUAUACUAAAUAAUCUUGGGAUUUUUUUUGUUGUAUCAAGUCAGUGUCAUGGUUUUGAUAUAAUAUUUUUUCAGCUAGUGGAUGAAAGACAAUACAAGUUUUCUAAGAAUACGUUCUAUUUUAUGGAUUCAGUAUUUGGGCAGCUUGUGCCUAGUUGUUGGGGUGUUAUUAUAAAGUAAAGGUUUUUGUAGUUACCUUUUUUUAUUCUCGUUGAUGUGUUUAUAUAUACAGCUGUUACCUUUUGAUCUUCACUAACGUAAAAUGGUCACUUUCCUUUUAUAAUUACAGUAAACAGUUUGGACAUUUCCAUUUAAAUAUUGAUAAAAGGAGCCCACACUGUAGUGUUGAUCACACCCGUUACUGUCAUUAGAAGGUUAUGCUUCUAAGUUGAUUACUAUUUGAUCAGUUCAUAUUAUAACAAAGUUGGAUAUUUGUCUGUUUAUAUAAACAUAUGUUUAUAUUAAAACUAUUCAAAUCACCA